AUCAAAAGGGAAAUUCAUUAAGCAGAGAGAGCAGAUCACACUCUCAUGUCAGUGUCGAAGGAUGACAGUUAUCCCAAUUUCCAUAUUCCUUUCUUGGUAUAGCAGCCAAAGGUCAUAGUAGAAAAAAUAAUAGAGGAAAUCAAAAUCACCGCUGAAAGCCUUUCCCAUGGAUCAACAACAAGAACGACACCGUGCAGCUGCAGCAGCAGCAGCAGGCGCUCCACGGCCUCCUAGUGGCGAUUUCUCUCCCAUUCUCACCGUUUUCUUGGCCUUCAUCGGCAUCAUCUCCAUUAUAGUGAUUCCAUCAUCUGCAAAUAUUAAAAAUAGCUUAUCCAUAUUGCACCAAGUCCCAGAAGGUCAUGUCGGGGUGUAUUGGAGAGGAGGUGCCCUUCUAGACACAAUUACAAGUCCAGGUUUUCAUCUUAAAAUGCCUCUGCUAACCCACUAUGAGCCUGUUCAAGUGACACUUCAGACAGAUCAAGUCAGAGAUAUUCCAUGUGGUACCAAAGGAGGUGUCAUGAUUAACUUUGAGAAGAUAGAGGUUGUUAACCGGCUUCGUAAGGAAUAUGUAUAUGAGACACUGCUUAACUAUGGGGUGGAUUAUGACAACACAUGGAUUUACGACAAGAUUCAUCACGAAAUCAAUCAGUUCUGCAGCUCCCAUAGUCUCCAACAAGUCUACAUUGAUGUGUUUGACCAGAUAGAUGAAAAGAUGAAAGAUGCUCUUCAGGGUGAUUGCACACGUUAUGCUCCUGGAAUCGAAAUUAUAAGUGUGCGUGUCACAAAGCCUACCAUUCCGGAGAGCAUAAGAAGGAAUUUUGAGCAGAUGGAAGAAGAACGCACUAAGGUCUUGAUUGCUAUCGAGAGACAGAAAGUGGUUGAGAAAGAGGCAGAGACAAUGAAGAAGAUGGCUAUCAGUGAAGCUGAGAAGAACGCCAAUGUGAGUAAGAUCCUUAUGGAACAGAAAUUGAUGGAGAAAGACAGUGCCAGAAGGGAGCAAGAAAUUGAAAAUCAAAUGUAUAUGUCUCAUGAAAAGAGUCUGGCAGAUGCUGCUUUUUACCGUGUGAUGAAAGAAGCUGAAGCCAACAAGUUAAAGCUCACUCCUGAAUUUCUUGAACUGAAAUUUAUUGAAGCUAUAGCUGAUAAUACAAAAAUUUUCUUUGGGGACAAGGUACCCAAUAUGGUUCUUGACCAGAGGCUGCUUGGGAAUUUCCUGCAUGGGGUGUCCAGAGAUACGGUUAGAGAAGGGAACACGGAAGAGUGAACGAACAAGGAAGAAAUAGGAUGCUUAGUUUAAUUGACAUCCUUUUGCCGUUACAAAAAAGAAAAUGAAAUUAGUAACUGCCUUUUGAGUUAAUGUCCUUUCGAGUGAUCACCUUUGUGCUUUAGUGGUCGCUAUUGAUGGUUGCCACUAAUACACUAACCAGUCACAAAUGAAUAUGAUAUCAGUCAAGAGAACAGAAAGAAAGAAAAGUAAAAAAGUCUUGUUUUUUUCUUAGACCAAACAUUUUUUGGUUUCAUGAGAAUGAAUUAAACAUAGUAAACAAGUGAAAAGCGUUUGUCCAAAGCUUUUGAAUUUU